GAAGAAGAAGAAGAUACACAAUGUUGCAGAGAGCUGCAGGCAAUGCUUAUUCAUGGUGGUGGGCCAGCCACAUCAGAACCAAACAAUCCAAAUGGCUCGAGCAAAACCUUCAAGAUAUGCAAGAAAAGGUGCACAACGUGAUGGCCCUGGUAUCAGAAGAUGGAGACUCCUUCGCGAAGAGGGCAGAAAUGUACUACAAGAAACGGCCAGAGAUCAUCAUCUUCGUCGAAGAAUCCUACCGAGCUUACAGAGCAUUAGCCGAGCGCUACGAUCACAUCUCCACCGAGCUUCAGAAUGCCAACAACACCAUCGCCUACGUCUUCCCCGAACAAGUCCAGAUGGCAAUGGACGAUGAGGACGACAUCCCUUCCCCACGUUUCCUUAAGAAGCUCCCCGCCGCCGGGGAUCUCCCCAAGGGCAACAUCCCAAAAGUGCCCAAGCUCCCCAAAGAGAUAAAGGGCAUGUUCCAAUCCGCCACUAAAAAACUCCAACCCAAGAAAUCGAUCAAGGUGACAACCUCAUCAUCGUCUCCAGCUGCUCCAAAACCCACUAUGUCGAAACCUGAAGCGUUCAAACAGAUCGACAAGCUUCAGAAGCAGGUUCUGGUUUUACAGACAGAGAAAGAGUUUGUCAAGAGCUCGUAUGAAAACGGGUUGGCGAAAUAUUGGGAAAUUGAUCAGCAGAUUAGAGAGAUUCAGGAUAAAGCUUGCAGCUUGCAGGAUGAAUUCGGCGCCGAAACGGUGAUCGAUGAUGAUGAAGCACGGUCGGUGAUGACGUCAGCUGCCCUGCAAUCGUGCCAGGAGACUCUGGCGAAACUGGAGGAGAAGCAGGAAAAGUCGGCCGAGGAGGCUAAGAAGGAGAGGAAGAGGAUUAAGGAAGCCCAGGAGAAGCUCAAGUCUCUUCUGAAUCAAAACUCUUCUGGAGAAAUUGAUCAGGGAAAGGGGAGGAAGGAGGACGAGAGCAGUUCCGAUGUUGCAGCGGCGGCUGCUGCUGCCACAGAGGAAGAAGAAAAGGAGGAGAUGAGAGCUUUGCAACAGCAGAGGCAGGAGAUCGAGGUAUUGAGGGAAAAGAUAAAGAAGCAUUUUGAGGCGAGUGCUGAUUCAUCUUUCACUGUUAGUGAGAUGGCUGAAAAGAUUGAUGAGUUGGUGAACAAGGUGAUUGGAUUAGAAGCAGCGGUUUCUUCUCAAUCUGCGUUGAUUCAGAGGAUGAAGGCUGAGACUGAUGAGCUUAAUGGUGAGAUCCAGAGUUGCUUGGAAAGUGGUGAUAAAGAGAAGAUGGAGAAUGAGAAGGUGGAGGAGUUGGAGAGGAAGCUGGAAGGGAUUCAGAAGAUGAAUGAGGAUGUUGAAAAUCAAAGCACGAAUCUACAGACGAAUUUCAUGGAAGCAAAGUGUAAUCUUGAUCAUUUGCAUGAUAAGUUGGAUAGCGUGAAGCCAGAUGAGGAAGUUCAGACUCCACCAAGGCAGCAGUUUAAGAAAGCUCCCAAGUUCGAAUCAUCUCAACAGCAGCCAUUUGUUAAGGGGAAGAACAUAAGGAAUGCAGUUGCUGAGUUUGAUAACUCGGUGAAACAAGACAAAGAGAAAAGUCAGAGGGAGUUGAAGCAGCAACAAGUAGCUGAUGAGAUUAGGCAAGCAAGGGAGGCAAGGGAAUCGAGGAAGAAGGUCAGAAUUUCGGAUAAGAAAAAGAAGGACAAGCCAAAGAAGGAAAAGGACAAGAAGUCCAUGGAAGAAACUGCCAACGUGAAACAAGAAGUGGAACAAGUUGCAGAACAAGUAAAAAAUGUUGCUGCAAAUGUGAGGACAGAAGAUCAAGGAUAUGUUGCUGAAACAACAGAUGGAGAUGUGAAUAGAGGAGAGGAAAUUGGACACGAGAAGAAACAAGAAGAGCACAAACCGAGCCAUUCCGUUUCGAUUGGUGAAAUAUUGGGGGAUACCGGAACUGAGGUAGAGAGAAAAGAACAAGAUCUUGGGAGCUUGUUGGGAGAUGAUCUGAAGAAAGAAAUUCAAACCCAGAUGAGACAUGAAGAUGAGUCUUCAGAGGAUGCUAAAGCAGUUUCAAAGCAAAAAUCUUUGAAGAAACUCGAGAAGCUUGGCUCUGGUACACAAGAAAAGGUAGAAGCAGCAGCAGCAAAUGUUGACGCUGGUGAUGAACAAGGAGUAGAAGAAAGAAAGGAUGCAGAUUUGACCAGAGGAGAAGAAAUUCAGCAGGUGCAGAAACCAGAUGACAACUUGAACCAGUCUGUAUCAGUUGCUGGUAACCAAGAUCUUGGUAGCCUGCUGAUGAAGGAUUCACAAGAAGGAGUUCAAUCUGAAGAGAAACAACAACAUGACACUGCAGAGGAUUCUAGCGACGAGAAAACUGUUGCAAAACAAAUAUCUUCGAAGAAAAUCGAAAUGCGCAGUGCUGAUACACAAGAAGUGGCAGCAGCUGCAGUCGCUAAUGUUGACAUUGAUGCAUCAGAAAAUGCAACAGGAAAUAGACAAGCUGAUGUUAGUGGUGAAACACAAGAAAAAAAAGCAACAGCAGAAGCAGCAACAACAACACCAACAACAACUGAUGAUAAUAGUGUUCAAACACAAGACAAUGCAUCAUCACUGAAAAGUGAGAGUGAAGACGACGAACCGGAUUGGAAGCAGCUGUUCCUGAAAGGUGUGGAGAAUAGAGAACAAGUUCUUCUUGCAGAGUACACGACCAUUCUUCGAAGCUACAAAGAAGUUAAAAAGAAGCUCACAGAAACAGAGACUAAAGGAGGGGAUAGCUUGUUUGAUAUAACGAUCCAGCUGAAAGAAUUAAAGGCAGCCAAUGCAAAAAAGGACGAACAGAUUCGAAUGCUGAAGAAAAAACUUAGCCUCUUGCAGCAAGACAAUGAUGACCAACCUGAGUCACCAUUCACAGUGGCGGAUAUAUUACACGACUUCAAUCUGGAUCUUGAUGAUGAAAUCUCGCCCAUUGAAGAGAGGUUUCGGUCGAGCAUUGAUGAAGUUUUGGAGGAUAACUUGGAUUUCUGGCUGAGGUUCAGCACCACAUUUCAACAGGUGCAGCAAUUUGAGACCGAAGUCAGAGACUUACAAUCUGAGUUGUCUGAACUGGAGGAAAAGUUGGGGAAGCAAGAAGGGAGCAGCCAUGGGAAGUACAGUCUGAAAUCGGAUGCAAAGCCAUUGUAUAAGCACCUAAGAGAGAUCCAUGCUGAGUUAACAAUUUGGAUUGAGAAAGGUAUGACGCUAAAAGAUGAACUCAAAGGAAGAUUCUCUGCUUUGUGUGAGAUUCAGGAUGAUAUCAAAGAAGCUCUCAAGGAGAGUGCUGAAGAUGAAGAGUUCAAGUUCACCAGCUACCAGGCUGCAAAAUUUCAAGGUGAGAUUCUAAACAUGAAGCAAGAGAACAACAAAGUUGCAGAUGAAUUGCAAGCAGGGUUAGAUCAUGUGACAACCUUACAACUUGAGGUUGAGAGAACACUGGCCAAAUUGAAUGAGGAAUUCAAGCUUGCUGGUUCUAAGAAUCGCCAGAAUAUCCAACUUCAACACUCAGAGAGCCGAGCUCGAGUUCCUUUGAGAUCUUUCAUUUUUGGAGUCAAACCAAAAAAGCAAAAGCAUUCAAUUUUUGCCUGCGUCCAUCCAGUACUCCACAGAAAGUACAACGGAUUCAGAUCAGGAUUAAAUCUAUGAUUAAUGUAUCUUCCUUUUUUCUUUUUUCCCAUUUUCUCACCCCUCCUUUCUUGGUGUAUUGUAUUUGUAGAUUCUUUCAUUAUGUAACUUUGUCUAUCCAGAGAGAUCAUGGAUUCUGUUUCUGGAUAUUCUGUGUACUUUAGAGACUUGCAGAG